GAGGAUAUAAACAUAACCUUGAUUAAUAGAUGUCAUGUUGAAAGAGACAUGUAAUGUCUAAAAUUAGAAAAUAGGGAGUUGAUAAAGUUUUUCACCCUUAAGAAAACCGAAAUGGUUUUCCAAAGUGUACUUUCCUAUGUUCUGAAUAAAUAUCUUGGAGAAUUUGUCGAAAACUUGGAUGAAAAUCAAUUAAAUGUUGGAAUAUGGGGAGGAGACGUUGAGUUGAAAGAUUUAGUCCUAAAACCGGCUGCCCUAGCAGAGUUAGAUUUACCUGUACAGUCUGUUUAUGGAAAAAUAGGAAAGCUUGUUUUGAAAAUACCAUGGAAAUCUCUAUACACUUCCAGUACUAUAAUCACUGUUGAAGAUAUAUAUUUGUUAGUACAACCAAAUCAACAAGUUAAAUUUGAUCCAGUAAAAGAAGAACGAAGACUUUAUGAUUUUAAAUUGAAGGAGAUUCAUCGAAUUGAAGAAGCAAAAAGGCUCGAAGAAGAAAAGUUAGCAGGUAAAGCACCAGCAAAAUCAGGAUGGACUCAAGAAUUUGCGGAAAAAUUAGUUGCUUCCAUCAUCAAGAAUAUCCAACUUAACAUUAAACAUAUUCAUAUUAGAUAUGAAGAUAAAGUAACUAAUUCAAAAUUUCCAUUUGCAUUUGGUGUCACUUUAGAUCAGCUCAUCGUGGAAAGUACUGAUUCUAAUUGGAAAAAAACAAUUUCUGAUGAUAUUGUUAAAAUUUAUAAGAUCCUUUACUUGCAAAGUUUGUCUGUCUAUCUAAAUUGUAAGACCUCUCUAUAUGGAGAUCUUCCCGUUGUUCAGAUGUUGAAAAAGUUGGAACUUGGAAUUGCCACCAAAUCACAUAUGCCAGAAGGGUUUACAUAUAUUCUGGGACCAAUUAACUCUUCUGCUCGUUUAAUCAUGAAUCAAAAACCGGAAUUAGAUGAUCCGUCUUACUCAAUACCGAAGUUCCAUUUUAAUUUGCAAAUGGAAACUCUUUACGUCGGCAUAAAUAAAUGUCAAUACCGAGAUAUAAUAUCAUUGGUGGAUUCUAUGGGUAGAAUGACGAAAGGUUUGCCAUAUCGCAAAUAUAGGCCAAAUAUAACGGAGUAUAAAGGUCACUACCACGAAUGGUGGAAAUUUGCAAUCACAGCUGUUUUAGAAGAUGUUAGAAGAAAAAGAAGAGAUUGGAAUUGGGAUCACAUUUUAAAUUAUAGGCAGAUGUGUAAGGAAUAUCAUACUUUAUUUACCGCAAAGCAACAGAAAAAGCAGUUAAAACCGGAUGAAACUGAUAGGCUCAUUACAUGUGAAAAGACAUUAGAUUUAACUAAUCUCAUCAUAAUUAGACAACAGGUGAAAGCUGAAGCAGUGAAAGAAGCUCAGACACAGGGAAAACAAUCUUGGUGGGAUUGGGCGUGGGGUUCUAAAUCAAAAGGCAGUAUAGAUAGUUCAAAAAUUGAUAUUAUUGACCAAUUUAAGAGGGAAAUGACACCAGAAGAAAAAGAGAACUUGUAUAAAGCCAUUGGAUAUCAAGAAAACGCAGCCCCCACUGAAUAUCCAGAAGAGUACGUCGAUUUAUCAUGUGCGUUUUUGUUGAAGUCACUUAUAGUCGAAUUAUCUGAUAUAACUCGGGAAGAAAGUUUCAUUAGAGUUCUCAAAAUUGAUCUUAAUACAGUCAGAUGUAAAUUAGAAACAAGACCCGCUGCUUCAGCUGUAAAGGUUCAGGUGAAGGUAGAUGAUUUAACCGGAGAAGGUUAUCAUCAAGAAGAUUUCAUACCUUAUUUGAUAAUAUCUGAAACUAAGAAUCGUCAAGGUCUUCUUGAAGUUUUAUUUGAAAAAAAUCCUUUGGAUAAGACUUGUGAUCAACGAAUACAUGUAACAGCGUUACCUCUUAAAAUUGUAUAUGAUGCCACUACAAUAAAUAGAGCAGUGAAGAUUUUCGAGAUUCCUCCAGAUUCAAAUUUAGAACAGAUAACAGAUGUAGCUGCACAUAAAUUAACUGAUAUAAAAGAAAUGUCAUCUUUGGGCCUUCAAUAUGCUGUUGAAAAACGACCUCUUAUAGAUCUUAAUAUCGAUUUACAAGCGCCAUUGUUAAUUUUACCUUAUGGUGGAAAAUAUACUGGUAGUGAAAAUGUUUUAUUGGCAAAUUUGGGAAGAGUGAAAAUAUUUUCUUUUGGCCAAAGGAUCUCAUCUGAAAAAGUUAAACUUUUAAGUGACGAAGGAAAAUCGAAAACGGAAAUUUUAGAAUAUAUGCAAAAGAACUGUUACGACAAUUUCAAAUUGGAAUUGACUAACGUACAAAUAUUAGCUGCUCAAAGUGAUGAAAAUUGGAAAGAAGCAUUGGUAACAGGCAUAUCUAAGAUGCAUUUACUUAAACCUGUUUCUGUAUCUGUCACAUUUUCUUCAUGUAUUAUUACAGACGAUCCGAGUUUACCUUUGAAUAAAAUAAAUGGAGUAAUUCCUUCUAUUGACGUUGUUGUGUCUGAUGCUAGGUUAUUGUUGCUAGUAGCUUUAGUUACAAGCAUUCAGUUUCCUGGCGGAGAUAUUCCAGAAACUCAGCCUUUGAAAAAAGCUGCUUCAAGUACAUUAUUGUUGAAAUACAAAGAAAUGCAAGCCACCGGAAAACAAACCAAACAACUUAUAGAUAAUUUAGAACAUCAUGAAUCCAAUGUGCAAUUUAUUACUCUGCAAGCUGAAUUUGAAAUGUCUAAAGUUUCCUUAUUUGUUAUACAUCAAGAGACAACCGUAUCAGAAAAACAGCUUGCUACUUUCAGAGUAGACAGUAUAAAAUGUAAUUUACAACAACAAACCUACGUUACGAAUAUUUCCAUGAUGUUAGGUGGUGUUGAAUUGGUAAUGGAUCGAGGGUUUGAAAAAAUCAAAAUUAUUGAAACUCCUAUUGGCAAAAACGAAAAAAAUCAUUCUCUGUUUAAAGUUAAUUUUAUACAGGUGGAUCCAAAAUAUUGCGAUUUCCAUUCCACUUACAAAUCGUGCGAGUCCAGUCUUCUUUUAGAUUUUGAUGUUUUGAACAUCAUACUUCAUCAAGAAGGAUUGUUAUCAUUAAUGAAUUUUGCUACCGAUAUCCAAAAUCAAAUAGCGGCUUCUACCACAGAAAAACAAAACAGUCUGCAAGAUAGGAUUGCAACAACCCGAGAUGACUUUGGAUUUGUAUCCAAACUUGCAUCUAUAGGUGAAGAGUUUGUUGAAAUUCCAGCUAAGGAAAUCAAAAAACGAUCAAAAAAGAAGAAAAAAAUGGUCGAAACUAUCAAAAUUAAAAUAAAUUCUGCUUUGAAAGAGGUAUCUGUAAAGUUUUGCUCUGACACCGCAGACAUUUCUAGUGUAGCUAUAAGCGGUGCAAAUGCCACAGUCAUUGUGAAAGACAAUUAUACACAAGUAAAUGCUACAUUACAAGAUAUUACAGUUCUGGAUUUAAACCACAAAAGUGUACAUAAGUUGAUUAUGUCACGCUUAGAUGGUGAAACUAUAACAGCCCAAGUAGUAUUAAAUAAUAAUGAAGAUACAGAGAGUGAUUUACCAGAUAUAGAUGUCAAAGUUCAAUUGGGACGUUCCAGAAUUGUAUUCAUGAACUGGUUCGUUUCAAAUAUGUUGAACUUCCUAAAUCAAUUCCAAUCGGCACAAGAAGCUGUCGUUGAAGCUUCACAUAGAGCUGCUGAGGCUGCUAAAGAAAACAUGAAGGAAGUAUAUGAUAAGGCAACAAAAAUAGCUUUAAAUAUUGUAGUUAAAGCUCCAAUAAUUAUGGUUCCUAUCAAUUCCCAUAGUUAUGACAGUUUGCUGCUGGAUAUGGGUAUUAUAACAUUAGAAAAUAAAUUUUUAACUUUGGAUGUCAAAAACGAAGAAGAUAACCCCGCAGUUAUAGAUGAUUUGAAAAUCGGUUUCAAAGAGUUAAAAGUGUCCAGAGUCUUACUAGAUCAGCAUUAUUCUCUUCUUCAAGAACAUAUUAUGUUAAAUCCUUUUAAUUUUAAUUUAACAGUUAAAAGAAACCUUUCUACAUCUUGGUACACAUCUAUACCUGACAUUGAUUUAUCUGGCAACAUUGCUUCUAUACAUAUUAUGAUGGGAAAUAUUGAUUACCAAAGAAUCAUGGCAAUUCUUUCUGGAAAUUUAUCUGAAGGUAAAGUUGAAGUAACUAAUAAAGAAUUUGAGGAGGAAGUAAAAGAAGAAGUUCUCAAUACUGUUACACCACAAACAGAACAUGUUGAAAUAGAACAUGUAGAUGUAGCUACAGAAGCAUUAACAAAAAUUAAACCUCAUGUAUUUUUGAAAUUUACUUUUACAAUGGAAAAGUUUAUAAUUUCGCUUUAUCAUAAUGCGGAUAAGGUAGAGACCGAAGGAUUGUUUUGUGUGGAUAAGAAUCAUCAAUUUGCUAAGUUUUCGUUGGAGGGACUUUCUUUAAAAGGCAGGAUAUUAACAGAUGGCUCAUUAGUUACAUCAAUACUAUUAAUGAAUUGUUUAAUGGAUGAUAAAAGACCAGGCCGAGAAGAUAAAUUAAAUAGAAUGAUAGACAGAUCCAGCAAAAAGGAAUCAUACGAAUUUGUUGACGCAUCCAGUUCGCCUAAAAGUAUGAUUGAUGUUACUUUCCAACAGAAAGAUAACGCAAUGUUUGCUGAUGUUCGAGUUUUUAGUUUUAACAUAAUUUUAUCAAUGGAAUUCCUUAUGAAACUAGCAGAUUUUUUCAAAUUGCCUGAACAUGAGAACGAGAUAGGCACUAGUCACGAGAAUACAGUCUCUCAUAUGUCGAAACAAAAUUCUGGAUUAUCUACCAAAUCACAAGGAUAUGCAAUGAAAACUAAAUCCAAAGCUAAAUCAACUACUAAUGAUGUACAAAUGACAGUCAAUGUCAAAUUGGAGAAACCUGAUAUAGUUCUUGUCGAACAUAUGGAUAGUAUUGACACAAGAGCUCUAAUUCUUAAUGCGGAAAUAUUGUUGAAAUAUCGCGCAGCAGGGACACAUCAGGUAGUAAACGGUAUAAUCAAGGAAUUAGAAUUAUACAGAUGUGUAUAUAAUCCUGCUCAACGCUCUCAAACCAGAAGCAAUGUACUCCAUCCCUUAGAUAUAAGUUUAGCAGGAUCAACACCCCCAGAAAAAGGAUUACAUUUGGAGCUAUUGAUAACAAAUGUAUACCUGAGUGUUUCACCUGCAACAAUAGAAUUGUUAAAUAAGGCCUUAGCCACUAUGACUGCUGAUGCAAGUAAAAUAAACAAAGAAGAAGAACAUAUUUACAACUACGAAAACUUAUGGAAAGAUCAAGAGUUUACAGAAGACCGAUUCUGGUUUUUAAAUACUGAAUUUGGUACUGACGUCCUUGUUCUCGAUAAUUUAAUGGAAAUGGAUAAGCCAGUGUUGCAAGAAUUAUGUAUAAUUUCAAUACCAUCCAUAACAGUAACUAUUGAAGCAGGGGUUGGUACCAAAACUUUACCAUUAUUGAUGUUAGAAACUGGUUUUACAGGCAGUGUUCGAAAUUGGAGUUCACAGUUAAACAUGGAAGCUGCUUUGACCAUGCAAAUGGGUUAUUACAAUAGCAAACUAGCCUUAUGGGAGCCUUUAAUAGAGCCAGAAGUUGUCAACAACAAACAUAUACCUUGGGAAUUGAAGCUAGGGGUAACGAUGAACAAUGAAUCAACAAAUGGUGAUUCCAGUUCUACUCUUAGUCCAACAGAAUCAGAAAUAGAGAAAACGGAGAUUGAAAUUCCUCAAGCGCUAAUGGAAAUAGAUCUAGAGUCGGAGAAGAAUCUUGAAAUAACAGUAACCAAAACGUUGUUGGAGAAUCUUCAAUAUUUAGGAAAGGCAUUUGCUUCUGCUUUGGAUACUGAAAAAAUUAAAUUCCAGACAUAUGUACCACCAUUUAAAGUAUUAAACGAAUUAGGUGAAGAUAUAACGUUAUUAUUAGAAGAAAGUUCUUUUGUUGGCGUUGCAUCCGGUGUGGGUGAUGUUAAUAAACUUGAAGCUGUUCCUUUAGAGCUUAAAGAGGACUACAAAAUAAAUGAAAAGUUGCAUUUGGGAAAGGAGCUCUUAGCUAGUAAUAAUAAGAAGUCACUUAUAUUGAAAGUUCAGAUCAGUGAUUUAGAUUCUACCUUCACACUUCCUGUAAAUAGAGCAGACAAAAGAUAUUUCCCGUUAAAUUACAGAAGCUCCAUUCAUGAUAAUUGGGGUUUGAUAUCAGAUAUUAGAGUUGAUGAAGCAGUAACAAUAAUUACAUUACGAAGUAUUGUACAGGUACAUAAUCAUUUCAAUGAAUAUAUCGAUGUUUAUUAUAUGACAUCAAAAGGAAAUCAAUUGGAGCUGGUGAAUACAGUAAAACCCAAUGAAAAAUUGAAUGUUCCUUUAAAAGCCGUUUAUACUCCAACUACUGAAUUAUUUUUUGCGGUAUCAAAUUACUCAGUUACAGUAUCACCAUUUACUUGGAAGGACUUGCAGACUAACUUGAAAGUAACUAGAAUUCUCCAAAGUUUCCCUAAAAUACAAGAAAGGGAGAAUAUACCUUUUGUUAUAAAAGUAGUUGGUGAAAUGGAACAGGUCUAUUACGAAAAUACCAAUCGUCAUACUAUGGCAAGUACAUGUUUCAAUAUACAUUUAAGGCCAGCAGUGAUUUUUAAAAAUGGCUUGCCUUACAAUGUUAUUUGUUGUGUGGAUGAAUCACCCGAUGAAUUUGUGGUUGAACCUGGCGAUACUCUACAACUGCCCACGGUGGAUCCUGGAAAGAAUUCAUUGGUGUUUAGGAUUCCGGAUUAUUUGGAAAAGGAAUGGUCAUGUAGGAAACCUUUAGCCGGCGAGCCUGAUGAAUUUUCCGUUUGGACUUUUGAAAGCUUUGACAGUUCUACUAAAAUGUCUCUGGAACUAGGAAUGUAUAUUGUGAAGAGGAAUGAAUCGCUGGAGCUAACUUUGUAUUGUCCGUUCUGGAUGCUUAAUAAAACUGGAUUAAUGCUCGGAUAUAGAUAUUUGUUUCAUAUUUCAAAUUGUUGCGUACAGAGUGGAGAUGAAAACCUUAAUAUACUGUAUCAUCCGAGCGAUUUUAAAGGACCAAUUCUAUUCUCAUUCAACGCGAAAAAUUUCUUUGGAAAGAAAAAAGCUUCCGUUAGGGUGGAAAAUGGAGAUUGGUCUAAUAAAUUUUCAGUAGACGUAGCUGGUUCUUCUGGAUUUGUAAAUUGUAAAUGGAAUGAACAAAUCUAUCAGAUUGGAGUCCAGAAUAGGCUGACGCACAACGGUUUAACAAAACAAAUAACAUUCACACCUUAUUACAUUAUUAUAAAUGAAGCCACUUAUGAAAUUGAAUGCCAAGAGCACAACAGACCUGCAGAUCAUUGGGUCGUUGUUGAACCAAAAUCAUGCGCAGCCUUAUGGCCGAAAAGUGAAGCACAAGAUAAAUUGAUGAGAUUGCGAGUAAAAGGAACAACGGAAUCUUCAGCACCAUUUUUGUAUACAGAGAGUCAUAAUACACUACUUCGAUUGAAUAAUAAAUAUGGUGGUGUGAACGUUGACAUUCAGUUAACUGAAGGAGCAGUUUACAUCAAUUUAGCUGCUUAUCAAGACGGCUGUGCACCUGCUUUGUUGGUAAAUCAUUCGACUUAUCCAAUAAGUUACUGGGAAAAAGAGGCGGUUCAAAAAAGAACGUUGGCUCCUUUCGCCUACUGCCUUUAUACCUGGGAAAAUCCUUCGGGACCAAGAGCAAUAGCGUGGGACAGAGGAAACAACAAAGAAAUAAUUAAUGACCUACGAAAGGAUAUGUAUGGGCAAUUCUCUCCAAAAGAUGAAAUAGUUAUAAGCUGGACUUCCUUUUUGGAUGGUAUGCAAAGAGUUCUUCUUUUCACAGAAGAUAAUCAAUUGGCAGAAGGAGCACAGGCUAGUAAUAUAUUGGAAGUUAUUCAACAAGACAUAACAGUUUCAAUACAUGGAAUUGGUUUAUCGUUGGUUAAUAAUGCUACGAGACAGGAACUUAUGUAUCUUGGAAUUGCUAGUUCAGGUGUUAUAUGGGAAUCAUCUAAAAUGAACAAUAACCGAUUUAAAUUCCUCGAUCCAAAACAGUCUAUGCAAUUGGAAAAUGCUUACCAACAAUGCUUACAAGAAUCUGAAGUAAACCCCAAAGUCAGUUGGCACGUUCAUAUAGAUGGAAAAACCGAAGUUGAUUUUAAAAACAAUAUGAUGUACAAACCUCACAAAAAACGAAUAAGACGCACUUUCAUCACAGGUCUGUGGUUUAAUAUGAAGACAAGCCCUAGUCAAAUGCAAAUACAUGCUAAGAUUAAUCGCUUACAAAUUGACAAUCAGCUGUAUGAUUGUAUAUUCCCAGUGAUUUUAGCACCAGUUCCUCCACCUAAAAGUGUUACAGUAAACGACGGUAUCAAGCCAUUUAUAGAAGUCAGUAUAGUUCAGUUACUAAUGAAAAACAGUCAAAUCCGGCAAUUCAAGUAUUUCAAAGUUUUAGUACAAGAAUUCCAUAUUAAAUUGGAUAUGGGAUUUGUAAAUAGUAUUUUAGAAAUGAUGCAAGAGGAUGAAGCCUCGGCAGAAACAGAGAAACAACAAUUUUUAAUAGACAAGCAACAAGUUGAGGAAACGUUAUAUGCACUUGCUUCUAAUCAAGCCAUUCAGGAGCAAAAAAGUUUCUACGAUUUAUUACACUUUUCCCCUUUCAAAAUCCACAUAAGUUUCUCUUUAGCGGCAGGAACAAGCUCGUCUUCCCAGAAUAUUUCAACGCCUCCUAUCGUUAACGCUUUGCUUCAAGGAAUAGGCGUCACUCUCACAGAUUUGAAUGAUGUUGUAUUCAAAUUAGCUUUCUUUGAAAGAAACUUCACCUUCCUUACCCAGAAGCAAUUAAUUAAUGAAGCUGCUAGUCAUUAUGCGGGACAAGCUAUAAAACAAUUUUAUGUACUUGUCUUAGGCCUAGAUGUCUUGGGUAAUCCGUAUGGUCUCGUUUUGGGAAUUACAAAAGGUGUUGAAGAUCUUUUCUACGAACCAUUCCAGGGUGCUAUUCAAGGUCCAGGGGAGUUUGUAGAAGGUUUAGCAUUAGGUGUUAAAAGUUUAUUUGGUCACACAGUUGGAGGCGCUGCAGGUGCUGUGUCGAAAAUUACAGGAGCUAUGGGCAAAGGAAUAGCAGCAUUAACAUUGGAUGACGAUUUUCAACGGAAACGAAGAGAAAAAAUGAAUAGAAAACCACAAAAUGUUCAAGAAGGUUUGGCUAGGAGUGGAAAAGGAUUAGUUAUGGGUGUUUAUUCCGGUGUAACUGGAGUUUUUACAAAACCCGUCGAAGGAGCUAGAGAAGAGGGCGUUGAAGGUUUUUUCAAAGGUUUAGGAAAGGGAGCAGUUGGUCUCGUUACUCGUCCAGUUGCUGGAGUAGUUGAUUUUGCUAGUGAUUCUUUAGAUGUCGUUAAACGAGCGGCCGAAGGGAACGAAGAUACUUUACGAUUACGGGCUCCAAGAUUUUUACAUUCUGAUGGAUUGGUGAGACCUUACAAUCAACAUGAAGCUAACGGUAAUAGAUACCUUAAUCAUGUUUCUAAAGGGAAAUAUGCGAAGACAGAUACCUACGUAGCUCAUUAUAUCAUAAUACAGAACAAAGAAGUGCUCUUAUUAACUGAUCGAAGAGUGGCUUAUAUCACACACAACGACAUUUUUGGAGGAUGGCAGAUUGAUUGGUCUUAUACUUGGGAAGAAGUUACGAUGCCAGCCAAAGUUACCCCUAAAGGUAUCUUAAUCGCUACAUCAGAAAAGAAGAAAAAGCUAUUUGGCUCGAACUCUAAUAGCAAAAUAAUACUUGUAUCAAGUCCACAAACUAGAGAGGAGAUAUGCGAAAAAAUCGAGUCUUUAAGAUCAGCCUAAAUUAUAUGCUAUAAAAUAUUUUUACAAAAUUCUUGUUUCUCUCGCUUUAAUUAAAAUCAAAUACUGAAACUUUUUACAUAUUUAUAAAGUUGAUAGGGAAAAUGCGAUGUUGGAAAUCUUUCAAGAAACAAUUAACAAAACAAAUAUUAAUUAACCUAAAUUAGUUCAAAUUAAUUAAAUAUUGAAUACAGGUUAUAGUUUUUUGUAUUCACUCAUUCAUAAAAACUCAUUGUUUAACAGAUAAUUGGUGGCUUUGAUUACAUUAUUGAUUCCUUAUUAUGAAGUUCCAUUUUAUAAAUAAGUAAAAAAUUCAGGAUUAUUUGGGUUUUUCAUUUGUUGGCGUAAGCACUAAGAAAAAUCACUUUAAUUUUUGUUAUUUAACAUAAUAUGAGUACAAUGACAAAUCUUCCAUUAUAUAAUCGCUUUUUUCAAUUUUAAAAAUUGUUGUUGAGACUAAACUAAUUUUUUUGCACGUUUGUACACUUAAUGUUGUUUUCUCAAAAUUUUAUAUUUUGUUUUUAUAUAUAUAUAUAUAUGUUUCGAGAUGCAAA